UCUUUCAUUUCAUAUUAGAAGUAGGCCAACAUAUGGACACCACACCACAAAUUCUCCCUUUAAAGUGUUUCAUUCUUUUUGGCUUUAAGACCAGCUCUUCCCUAGUAGAGUAGGUGAUUUUCAUCUCUUUGAAGACUCCAUAGCUUUUCCUUUUCCCCCUUUUUCUGAAUCUGUUAUCCAUGGAUACCGCUCAGUGGCCGCAGGGAAUUGGGGUAGUUAAGCCCUUGGAAGCUUCAAGAGGCAUGGUGGAGAGGAGUAGGACUCAAAAUGAUCAAACUUUGAACUGUCCCAGGUGCAAUUCAACAAAUACCAAGUUCUGUUACUAUAAUAACUACAGUCUUUCUCAGCCAAGAUACUUCUGCAAGACUUGUCGACGGUAUUGGACAGAAGGUGGUUCCCUCAGGAAUGUUCCUGUCGGAGGUGGUUCAAGGAAGAACAAGAGAGCUUUAUCCUCACCAUCACUAUCAUCAUCAGCAGCAGCUCCUCAAAACCAUAAGAUCCAUGGAGGUCAAGACCUUAACCUAGCUUACCCACCACCCACUGAAGACUAUAAUAGCUUACCCAAGUUCAUUGAGGUGCCCUACAGCAGCACUUGUGACAAAACUCACCUUCAAAACUCCACCUCUUCUUCAACCCCAACACAUCUCAAUGCUAUGGAGCUGCUUAAGACUGGUAUUAACUCAAGGAGUUUGAGUUCGUUCAUGUCCAUGUCAAUUCCUGAUUCAAAUACAGUGUACUCAAGUGGGUUCCCAAUGCAAGAAUUCAAACCAACUCUCAGUUUUUCUCUUGAUGGAUUCGAAACUGGCUAUGGAAAUCUUCAAGGGGUUGAAGAGAGUGGUGCAAGGAUUUUAUUUCCCACUAACGAAUUAGAGCAGAAUAGAGGGCAAGGAGAAUCUUCUGGCAAUUGGAGUGGAAUGUUGGGUGGAGGGCCUUGGUGAAAAUGAACAGUAAAAAAUAACAACAUGGUUAAAAAGGACGAAGAUGGAGCUUAUGCCUUUUACUUUACACGCAUGGUUGGUACUAGUUGAUGUUUGAUUAUUAACAGUCGGAACUUUAGGGGGGGGAAUGAGGCUUCACUCUUUCUUUCUACUUUUCCUUUUUACCACAUUUCGAUUCCCCUUUUUUUUUAACUGUAAUGCUGUAGUACAUUUCUCUACUCUUUGAUCAGUGUGGAUGUUUGAAGCUUCUUUUUAGGUUUGCUUCAAAAGGAACUGGAGUUCUUGGCUA